CCCAACAAUAUAGAAUUAGUUGUAUGAAUCAAAACCAAUCAACGUGAGAAAUCAUCGCUAACAAUUCAUAUUCUUCCGAAAAAAUUUAAAUGGCAUUGAAUAAUAGAGUUGGGUCAGUAAGAGGAGCACAAGAGAAAAUAAAAGAGGAGCCUCCUGUAGCUCUUAGAAAUCCCCCAUGCACGGUAACAAGUGUGUUUCUUGCAAACAUAGCGGGGUAUUGGAGAAAUGUAAGUGUUUUAUGGUGCAAGAAUGUAAUGAACACAUCUUUUAACAUCAUGGUUGAAGGAUGUGAAGGCAAUUUGGAAAGGCAUCAAACAACAUGCAAAGUAGAGCUAAAACCAUGGCAUUUUUGGAGUAAAAAAGGGUAUAAAUCCUUCACAAUAGAAGAUAUUCACCACCAAAUCGACGUGUAUUGGGAUCUUCGUUCAGCCAAAUACAGUAAUAACAGUCCAGAACCAUGUUCAGACUACUAUAUAGCACUUGUAUCAGACGAAGAAGUCGUUUUAUUAUUAGGUGAUUAUAACAAAAAAGCAUAUAAACGCACCAAGAAACGACCAGCUCUUGUAGAAGCAAUUCCAACUCUAAAGAAGGAGGUUGUGUAUUCAACGAAGAGUUUCGCUACAAGGGCUCGAUUCAGACAAGGCAAAGAUCAAGAAUAUGACAUUGUUGUCGAGACUACUGUAACAGGACUUAAGGAUCCUGAAAUGUGGAUCAGUAUCGAUGGAAUUGUACUGAUCCAUGUGAAGAAUUUACAGUGGAAAUUUCGAGGGAAUGAAAUGGUGGUUGUUAACAGGAUACCUAUACAAGUCUUAUGGGAUGUUCAUGGUUGGCUUUUCUCUAGUGCAGGAAAUGGGUAUGGAUUGUUCAUAUUCAAACCAGAAGCUCCAGAAGUAGAUACGGAUAAGGAAGGAAGCAAUCAUAGGAUGCUAAAUAGUAAUAGUAGUAGUGCUGGUAGCCUGUUUUACUCUAGUAUAAGCACUCAAUCCAAAAUGGCUGAUUUUUGCCUUUUACUACAGGCAUGGAAAGUUGACUAAAAUUGAAACAAAAUGGUUAUUAAAAACUUAAUUAGUACUUGUAUUUUAGAUGAUUUAAAAAAAAAAAUUGGAGCAAAAAAUUGAAUCUAUAUUAUAUGUAAAUGAUAGAAAGAUCUAUAUAAUAAAGGAGGUUUGGUUUAGCUUGCUUUAUUAUACUCCCUGGCCUCUGUCUCUUUUAAUAUGCUAACAAACUUAAUCUAAAAAGCUCCCACUUCAAUUUGCAUAAUAUAGAAAAUUAAAAGAAAUGGAAGAGCAUGGUCAUUCUAUUAUUAUCGUCUUAUGUAAUGCAUUUUUUAAUGACCUAACGUAAUUUUUUAAAGAAGUUUUCUAUCUUUUUAAUUGUAAAGCUCACAAUUUACCAAUUACUUAAUGAAUUC